GUGAUUGGUCAAAGAAAUAUAAGAGGCAGCUUGUUUCCCUUCAGCAGCGGAGGCACUUCUGAAUAUGUCAGAAACACCAGAGUGUGACUCUGCUAUUAAGGGAAUUAUUCAACACUGAUGGAAUGAUGGAAUAACUGCAGGAGGUAAAUUAGAGUUUCAGUCGAUGAUCAUUUCACUGAUUAUAACUGAAUGUUUCAAAAUGUCUUUACUCUGUAAAUGUGUUUGAUGCUUUAACGACACAAUGCUGAGGUUUUUCACUUGAAGCCUGAGAACAAAAGUGUUGUUUUCAUUUAUUCGUCUGAAAGAUGAUGAUGAACUCCUCACUAGUUUCUUAUUUCACUCUGGCUGCUUAUCUGGACUCUGGACUGUUGAGAUACUUGUUCUUCAUGCUGGUCCUGUCGUUGUACUUGUUGAUCCUUUGUGCCAACGUGCUGCUGAUUGUCGUUAUCUGUAUGAACAGAAGUCUACAUGAACCUAUGUACGUGUUUCUGUGCAGCCUGUUUGUAAAUGAACUGUAUGGUAGCACAGGGUUGUUUCCUUUGCUCCUGGUUCAGAUUCUCUCAGACGUUCACACUGUUUCUCGUCCUCUUUGUUUCCUGCAGAUCUUCUGUCUUUAUUCUUACGCUUGUGUGGAAUUGUUUAAUUUAGCCGUGAUGUCUUAUGACCGAUACCUGGCCAUCUGUUGUCCUCUGCAGUACAACGCACGUAUGACAACUAAAAAAGUUACGAUGCUAAUUGCUGUAACGUGGUUGUUCCCUUUUCUUGCGAUUGUUGUUUUGAUAUCAUUGACUUCCCCUUUACAGCUGUGUGGAAACAUCAUUCACAAAGUUUACUGUGGAAACUACGCUAUUGUCAAACUGUCGUGUUCUGACACCACAGUCAACAACGUCUACGGACUCAUCUACACAUUUCUCUCCAUCAUCCUUCCUCUGCUUUUAAUCCUCUACACGUACAUGAGGAUUCUAAAGGUUUGUUUCUCUGGUUCCAAACAGACGAGACAAAAAGCCGUCAGCACCUGCACCCCCCACCUGGCCUCGCUGCUCAACUUCUCCUUCGGGGUUUGUUUUCAAAUAUUACAGAGCAGGUUCAAUAUGAGCAGUGUCCCACACAUGUUGGGUAUUGUAUUAUCUUUAUACUUUCUAACGUGUCAGCCGCUCUUUACUCCCGUACUGUACGGACUGAAAAUGUCUAAGAUCUGGAUCAUGUGUAAACGUAUGUUGUGUGGAAACAUGUAGGUCAGUGUGAAAAAACAAUACAUGAAGUUCUUUUCUCACGUCAUCAUUAAUGUUGCAGUUUAAUGUCUGUGUGGUAAAAUGUAUUAAUACUACAAA